UUAAUUUUCAAAAAAUAUUUGUAUUUUUAAAUUUUUUAUAUAAAAGUUAUUUGUUUUAGUUUUUUAAUAGGAUAAAUGGUUGGUGGUAGUAGUACGUCGCUUCCUCCUUCAACAAACCCAAGUGUUAGAAAUGUGAGAAAUAAGAAAGUUGCCAAAAAUGCUCCUGGUCAAAGGCAAGAUGUGGCAUGGGAACAUGGCACUCCCGUAAAUGAUGGAUCAAGAAAGAUCAAGUGCAAAUAUUGUCAUAAUGAGUAUAGCGGCGGUGCUUUUCGAUUUAAGCAUCAUUUAGCAGGGACAAAUAGUAAUGUUGAACCUUGUGUGUCUGUUCCAGAUGAAGUUUGCAAACAAAUGUGGAUCAUUGUUCAUAGAUUGCAAAGCAAACUCAUCAAAAAGAGAACUCUAAGUGAAGAUGUAGUAGAGGUUGAUGUGGAAGAUUGUAAAAGAAAAAAAGUUGAAUCUUCUGGUCUUGCAAAUAUUUUCAAGAGGGGGAUAACUUCUCAAUCAACUAUCAACGAUGCUUUUAAAAAAAAAGAGAAGGAGGACACUAACUUACAAGUUGCAACUUAUUUUUACAACAAUGCUAUCUCUUUUAACGUUGUAAAGGAUGAAGAAUUUAUAAAGAUGUGUGAAAUGAUUGCCCAAUAUGGUAAAGGAUAUAAACCACCAUCUUACCAUGAUAUUCGAGGUAAAUAUUUAAAGAAAAAAGUUGAGUCUAUAAAUAGCAUAUUGGUGGAGCAUAAAACUGCGUGGAAAAAGUUUGGAUGUACAAUAAUGACGGAUGGAUGGACUGACCAAAAGAGGAGGACUAUCAUAAACUUUUUAGUCAAUAGUCCUAUGGGUACUUUCUUUUUAAAAUCAAUUGAUGCAUCUAGCAUUUCAAAGACAGCUGAUAAAGUUUUCAAAAUGAUGGAUGAUAUUGUUGAGGAAGUGGGGGAAGAAAAUGUUGUCCAAAUUGUAACAGACAAUGCUGCAAACUACAAGUUGGCUGGACAAAUGUUGAUGGAUAAAAGGAAUAAGCUUUAUUGGACACCUUGUGCAGCUCAUUGCAUUGAUCUAAUGUUAGAGGAUUUUGAGAGCAAGAUACCUAUGCAUAAGGAGAUUAUUGCUUCAGGUAAAAAGAUCACAACUUACAUUUAUGCUAGGACUGGUCUUAUAACUUUGUUGCAUCAUUACACUGAAGGAGGUGAGUUGAUAAGACCUGGCAUCACUCGCUUUGCAACAUCAUAUUUGUGUUUGGGUUGCUUGAAUGAUAAGAGGGGAGGAUUGUAUAGGAUGUUCACUUCCAAGCAAUGGAAGGAUAGUCAAUUUUCCAAGACAAAAGAUGGAAAAUUUGUUGAAAAGAUAGUCACAAACAAGGACUUUUGGAAGAAUUUGAUUAUUUGCCUUAAAGGUGCUUUUCCAUUACUUAAAGUCUUGCGUAUGGUGGAUUCUGAUGAGAAGGCAGCCAUGGGUUAUAUCUAUGAAGCAAUGGAUCAAGCAAAAGAGGAAAUACAAACUAGCUACAAUAAUAAUAGAAAAAGCUACCAACCAUUAUGGAAAAUUAUAGAUAACAGAUGGGACAAACAAUUGCAUAGGCCUUUGCAUGCUGCAGGCUAUUAUCUUAAUCCAAUUUUGCAUUACAAACCUAAUUUUAAAGUAGAUAAUGAAGUGAAACAAGGAAUGUAUGCAUGUUUAGAAAGAAUGAUGGGAGGAGACAUGGAUAUGGUGAAUAAAAUUGAUGGUCAACUUGAGGAUUUUAAGAGUAAAAAAGGAUUCUUUGGGAGUGAAAUAGCUCAACGUGGACUAAAAAACAAGACACCAACUCAAUGGUGGGAAUCUUACGGUGAUGCACACCCAGAGUUGCAAAACUUUGCUAUUCGUGUUUUGAGUUUGACAUGCAGUUCUUCUGGCUGUGAGAGAAAUUGGAGUGCUUUUGAAAUGGUUCAUACAAAGAAAAGAAAUCGUUUGAAACAAAAGACUAUGAAUGAUCUUGUGUAUGUGAUGGUAAAUACAAGAUUGACCAAGAAUAAGGCUGAAAGGAAAAAGCGAGAUCUAACAAUUGAUGAUUUCCAAGAUGAUGACGAUUGGUGGUAUGUUGCUGAGGAAGAAAAUGCAGGUGGUAAUAAUGUAAAUGUGACUGAUUUAGAUGAAGAUUUGAUGCAAAGUACUGGUGCUAAAUCAACUGGACAUGUAGAUGAAUUUGAUGUCCUUGAAACUAUAGAAAGUGACAAUGAAGAAGGAAAUGCAGAUGAAGGUGAUGAUUAUGGUGGAGGAGAUGAUGAGAUUAAUGAAGAUGAAGGAGUUGACAUUAUAGGGAAAAAUCCAAACUAUCGGCGCCUUUGUGAUUUGUACUAACCUCUAUGAUUUUGAGUAUUUUAUUUUAUGGAGUUUGUUAUUUUAAGUUAAGAUUUGAGAUUUUUAAUUUUAUGGUUAAGAUUUUUCAAUUUGAUGAUUUGUUAUUUAAUAUGCAAACUUAUAUACUAUUUAAUAUAAAUAGUAUAAAAUAUUUUAAGUAUUUUUUUUAGUAAAAUCUUACUAUUUUGAUUACGAUCUUAUGUUUUACGAUUUUGUUA